UGAAUAAGUUUUGUGUCAAUCAACACACCUGAAAUAAUCAAAACCUUCGAAAACAUGAAAUUAAAAUGAAACAACUGGCAGGUGCCGUUUUGAAGAUAUAGAUCUCCGGAAUAUCUCUGCUAUGCCUCACAAUGUGCUGUUGAGCUGACUACGGAAAACAUAUAACAGCUCUGGUAGCAGUCCAAGUUCAUUUUGGCACAUUAAAGCUGCUCGUGUUUUAGCGCUGAUAAGUAGGCCCACUAAGUGAAAGCUAAUUUUCAGAUUGGAUCAACGUCAUUUGAACAGAAUUCAUGACAUAUGUUUUGCAGGAUUAGCCUACAUGAUUACACGGGCGGGUGAGUGAUAUAUAAAUAAACGCGACCUCACUAACAAGUAGUGCUAUCGCAGCGUUUAUCAACUGCAAACUGAUCAUGGUGAAGUGGACUGACGCUGAGCGCAAAGCCAUCAAAGCUGUGUGGGGAAAAAUGAAUGUGGAUGUGAUUGGGUCCCAGGCUUUGGCAAGAUGUCUCAUCGUGUACCCUUGGACUCAACGCUAUUUUGACUCCUUUGGGUCCUUGAGUGACGCCGCAUCUAUUAUGGCUAACAAAAAAGUGGCUGCGCACGGCAAGGUUGUGCUCAACGGACUCGGAAGAGCGGUCCAGAACAUGGAUGACAUCAAGAAUACCUAUGCGCCCCUGAGCGUGUUGCACUCCGAAAAGCUUCACGUGGAUCCGGACAACUUCAGGCUCCUCGGUGAUUGCCUGACCAUUGUUGUGGCGUCCCAGCUCGGUCGUGCCUUCACUCCAGACAUUCAAGCAGCAUGGCAGAAGUUUCUGGCAGUUGUAGUCUCUGCACUUGGAAAACAGUACCACUAACUGAACAGAAUUAUAUAUGUGCAUCUUCCAAUUAAUGUAUGAGCACCUUCCAAUUAAUAAAACC